AUGAAUUUGAGUGGACCGAUUGAAGAGUUCCAUAUUGUUUUCAUCAGAAAUUUCACAUCGGUACUUCUGGGCAUUAUUAUCAACUACAUUAACGGGACUCUGGUGUUUACUUUCUUUAAGAACUCCAUUUUCUACACAGACCCCAGAUACAUCCUGUACAUUCACCUUGUCAUCAACGACAUAAUCAUGUUAACAAUAGCAGUGGGAUUACAGGUGGUAACCUAUGCCAUGCCGUAUUUCAGGGUGUCAGUCUGUUGUGUAAUUCUUCUGCUUGCUUCAACAACAACUAAGAACACUCCACUAAACCUGGCUGGUAUGGCUAUAGAGCGCUACAUUGCCAUUUGCAAACCAUUACACCACCCUCAGAUCUGCACUGUGCACAGGACUUACAUCCUCAUAUUCCUGAUUUGGAUUGUGUCAGUCAUCCCCGAAAUAGGUGAUAUUUUCAUUGCAGUGGCCACACAACCCGUAGCAUUUUUUUCCACAUCAACUUUCUGCUACAACUUGGGUAUUUAUUUCACACCUCAGCACAAGGACAAAUCUACUGUUGUUCAGGCGGUCUUACUUUCUUUUGUGUGGGUGACAUUGAUUUUCACCUAUUUUAAUGUUCUUUUUGCGGCAAAAGCUGCCACGAAUUCUGCCAGAAAGGCACGCAGCACUAUACUACUACAUGGAGUGCAGCUUCUGCUCUGUAUGCUUUCUUAUAUCUCACCUGUGAUCAAUUUCAUUUUUAUACCUCUCUUUCCAAACAGACGCAGAGAAAUUUUAUUUGUCACUUUUUUGCUGGUGAAUGUAUUUCCAAGGCUAUUAAGCCCGUUAAUAUAUGGAGUCAGGGAUCAGAAGUUUGUUAAGCACAUAAAAAUAUAUCUGUUGUGCAAACUGCAUGUUGUGCAGGUAAAGCCGGAUUCAAAAUGA